AAAAGUUUUUACGUGAUUAUUAGCCAAAAUAAUACGGCAAAUAAAUAAAUUACAUUGAAAUUACAGCUAUAUAAAAAUGAAGCGUAUGAAAAAACAUAAACCAAAGCCAGAAAUGCCAGAAACGUCUACCUUUCGGUUUAAAGAUAGUGAGGAACAUGACCUGGCUUACUACAUUCACGACAGAGUGGAACUGAUGCAUCAAGUUUUCUCUGUAAUUAAGACCAAAGAAUUAAAAGCAAUGAUACCACAAUGCGUAAAAAAUAUAUCUUUAGACGACUUGCAAGAACUUUGCACCGAAGAAUUACUUGGCAUAAGUUCAAAGAGAUUGUGUGCAAUAUUGGAUGGGGCUGAACCACCAUCAGACACAGAAUCAUCAAGUUCAUCACCAGAACAGAUGGAGACCAUAUCUUUGGAUAGCAUAUCUUCAGAUGAUGAGGUCUUAAGUCAGAGCAGUUCUAGAAAUAAAAAGCACAAACACAAAAAACGAAAGGCUAAAAAUAGCAAGAAUAAAGAAAAGAGACGAGGGUCGGAGAAGAAUGAUGAAAGCAGUGGAGAUGAGGAGAAGAAUCGUGCCUCACGAGCCGGGCUGACUGUUCUUGAACUCCUUGAACUUCAGGCACGAGCCAGGGCCAUCCGAGCUCAACUACAGAAGGAUCAGAUUAACAAUAAAGCUCCAGAAAGUACUGAAAACGCAGAAAUGGAUAAGUACGAUGAUGAAGUAGAAAUAAAAGAAGAGCUAGCUGAGGUUGUGGAGAUCAGUAGUGAAGAUGAAAAGCCUAAUGUUGAACAAUUAAAUGCUAAACUGGCUCAUAAAUCUUCAGAUCAAGAACAGACAAAGGAACAAGAAAAUCCAACCACUGUUACAAAGCGCAUUAAUGAUUUAGUUAUAACUGUUCCACAAACUAAGCAAACUAAAAAAAUAAAACUCAACAGGAACAAAGUUGUGGUAUGUGAAACAACUAAACCAACAGCAACUACUAACAAUGUAGAAAACAAUAAAGAAGAGAACACAGUCAAUGUACAAGUACUGAAACAAACAAUUGUGGCAGCUAAAGUAAAAGAAUCAAAAAAAUCCAAAACAAAGAAAAAAGAUAAAAACAGAAAAAAAGUUAAUAAGAAAGAUGGUAGUGAUCAUGAUGAAAUUACCCUCCAACUAUCGGAUACUGAGAAAAUGGAUCUUUUAGAAGAUCUUGACAGAAAAAACUAUGAUAGUGUUUCCAGUUCUUCAAAGGAUUCUGAAAACAGUUCUGAAAGCAGUGACGAUACUUCAAAUAAUUCGUCAGAAUCGGAAGAUCCUGUAAACCGAGGGACUGAAAAGAAAAAUAAAGAAAUAGAAACAACACAUAAUACCAAUGAAAUUACUGUUAAAACUCAUGAAGAGGAAACUAUUAGCAAAACUAAAGAAAAUGCAAACACUGAUAAUAUCGUAAAGGAAGUUGACGUUGUUUCAACAAAUUUAAAGGACAAUUUAAAUAUUGAAGUUGAAUCUAUUAUUGAAACAAAUGAGGAAUCAAACACCAAUGAUGCAGUUAUGCUUGUAGAUGUUUUAUCUUCUGAUUUAAAAGAAAAUGAAAAUUCUGACUUGAAAGAAAUUGUUGCAGAUGAAUCACAGGUUUCUGAUAAUCAGAAAAAUGACUGCAAAGAAGCCGAAAAAGAUGAGCUAGUUUCAAAAGAUGAUAACAAAAAUAAAGAUGAUGCCACAGAAAAAUCAUUGGAGCAUCAUGGAAGUAAAAGUGAAACAGAAAAUAUUGACAAAAAUUUAUCAGAUGGAGAAAUCUCAGAAAAAUCUGAUCCGGAAGUAACCACCGAAAUAGUUUGUCUUUCAGAUGAGGAAAUAUCUAAAAAGAAAAAAGAUAAAAAAAUUAAAAAGAAGUCUAAAAAAAGUAAUGAAAAAGAUAAAGAGACAAAGAGUAAUGAAAAAUAUGAUAACAAUUUAGAAAUAUUUACUUUAAAUGACGAAGAUGAAGACGAAAUAUUCGAACUUUCAGAUGAUUCUUCUUGUUAUGAGGUUGCGGGUGUAUCUGUGCUAUCUAAAGAACCGACGACCAUUGAGAUUGAAGCACUUUCAGCUAAGGUUGAUGACACCAUUCGAGAAGAAAUUGGUGUAGAAGUUGAAGAUAAUGAAAGCUUACAAUCAGAAAAAGAAGAUGCCGAAAAUAUUUCAUGGAAAGAUAGAUAUUUAGACAGUAAGAAAGUCAAACGCGUUCUUAAAACAUCCAAAAUAUUAAAUGCUUUACGAAAAAAGAAUAAGGAGUUAAAGAAAAAACUAGAAGAAUCUAAAAAGGUACCCGAACCAGUUGCUGUUGCUUCAGAAGAAGAAAGGAAGAAUGUAGAAGGUACUAUAGAUGAGUACAAUAAUUUAGAGGGAUCAACAAAAUAUGUAGAUCCUGUUUCAGAAAAGAGCCAAGAAGAAGAAGUAAAGGAAGUGUCUAAAGAAAUGGAAAAAGAUGCAAAGCAAUUGUUGAAAAUGUAUAAAAAGUUGUUAAAAUACAAUGAUAUGAAUAAGCAAAAACCAAAAGAUCCCAAACGGAAAAAGAGUAAGAAAUCUAAGAAGAAGAAGGAAAAACAAAAAGACAAAGGAGUCAGCGAGUCAACUACAACUGCUGAGACGUAGAAUGGUAUCCAGAUAUCUAGUUAUUUUAAAUUUUUAAAUAUAAGUCAUAACUUAUAAAUAUAAUUACAGAACGAAUACAACGCUGUUUAAUGUCCUAAUCUAAUCCAUUGCCAAAUGCCAAAGUUGUUUAAU